AUGGCAAUGAGACAACCCCAGUCUGUAGGAAGCUCAGUGGGUACCCCCUCUCCGUCCCCGGCUGGUUCAGGUGGUGAUAAGGCCAAUACUUCAGGGGAUUCGAAGUCAUGCGGUACACGGGGACGUGGUCACGGAGUGCACUGUCUGGAGACGAAUGACGGCUCUGCGCAUGCCAGCCGGCCCGGCACUUUUCAGCUUUCGCCAUCCUCUGACGGCGAGGAUAGCGAUUGUGAGGGUGGAGUGUCGCUCUCGCCCGGGGCAUCUGAGAUAUCACCGAUUGAUGAAGAGAAGCCGCUAACCGUGUCCAAUUUCAGUUUGCUGCGGUGGCUCCGAGCUGGAGCGAGCAACGAUGAUGAUGAGCUUCUAGCAGACAUCCGCAAUGCCACUCAGGUACAUUUGCCUCGGUCUUCCGGUUCCUCUUUCACUUCUGACUCCGGUUCCUGGGAGACAAUAUCUUCUGACUCGCCCUGCAACCACGAUUCCGGUUCCCCCAAUGCCUCAGCAUGGCGCUCGGCGUCGUCCGGAUCGUGGGCUUCCGGGGAGCGUCGCCUAGAUAUUUCACGAUGGUCGGUAGACUCUUCAGAUGCCUACGAUUCGGAUGGACACUCGUCUAGGACUCUUGAAGAACUCUUCGAGCGCUACGCACGGAUAUGGGAACGACCUGCUCCUGGUGCACUGUCUGAUGUGCCUUCUCUCACCUCUGCGCAAGGAGCGUCGUCUUUUUCGUCAACCGGUCAAACCUCUGACAGCUCGGCGCAAGCUCUUUUCAACUAUCUUGAGCGUUGGAGCUGGCCGCUAGAGGAUGAAGAGGAGUUCUUUGAUGCACAAGAGUUCUUGGGAGAGAGCCAUUGA